AUGGCAGGCAUUGCGCAUGGUGGGAGUUCUAGUCGAUCUGUGUCGCCUGGGUCCUAUUCGGAUAAAGAAAACCAUCAGAACGCCCGUGCUCAGAAGAGAGCUCAGACUCAGACUCAGACUCAGACUCAGACAAUGGCAUCGUCAGGCGCCAACGCAAAACGGCAACGACUUGGUCAUCGCGCUUCGAAUAUCCAAGGCAACCAGUCACAGGCUCCGCUAUCGCAGCGACUAGAAGAGGACAAGAAAUUUUACGACCCAGAUCAAGAUGAGAACGAAAGACGGCGGAUUCGCAAGGAACUUCGAGAGUUGACACGGGAAUUACAUGAUUGCAGAAAUGAAUUCAUGCAAGCAGGAAAUAACGGAAUCCGAGAGACAAUCGAGAAAGCCAACGAAAUCUUCCAGAACGUCAAGCAAACCUCCGACGCGACCAUCGAUUCUCGUCUCCUGGUCACCGCCGCCGAUCUGGGCCAUAAGAAAACAGCACAGCUCGUCCUAGGCGACGCAUCUGCCGGGAUUGACGUCGAUGAAUUUGUCUCGAAAUGUAUCUCAUUUAUGCGUCGCGGGCCUAGCGAUCCCGAAACCUCAUUCACAAGCACACAACGUCGACGACCUCGUAGGAGCCAAGCGGACGCUGACGAUAGCGAUGAAGAACAAGGAGACGCCAUGAACUGGGAUUGGCUUGGACGUGCUGCAUGCCUUCGUCAUAACACCCGGCCGUCGGUUUCAGGGUUUUUGCUCGGGCCCUUAUCAGUACAAAAGCGCACACGACAAAUCACGCAGCGGAGAGCGAGAGAGCGCAUUGAUCCAUCACAGGCAGUUCGACCUCAGGAGCUGGAAGAGAAAGACCUUGACCGGCAGGAGACAUCGAACCUCACGGCGAUGUGCACAAAUAUCAACCGAUUGCUUGCGGAGACGGCUGCCAAGGGCCAGGAUACCGUAGAUCGCAUACUGUCUGGGAUGGAGGAGGAACCGACAGAGGAGCUCGUUCAAGAAGUCAUGGCCAAGUACCAUGUAGCGGACGACGGCGGAGUCCCUCUUUUCCAAUUCUGCAUCAACCCCAGAUCAUUUGGGCAGAGUGUGGAAAAUCUGUUCUAUGUCAGCUUCUUGGUUCGAGAUGGGACUGUUGGGAUAUCCACCGACAGUCGGAAGCUGCCGACGCUACAUCCGUCCAAACCAUACGUAAUGAGAGAAGCUCAGAAGAAAGGUGUUCAAAAACACCAGGCUAUCUUCAGUCUGGACUUUGACACAUGGCACCAGCUCGUUGACGUGUAUGAUAUCAAGGAAUCGAUCAUUCCUCAUCGUCGGGAAGAAGCAUCAGAGUCGACAGGGAGUGGUUGGUACAAUUAA